AUGGAAUCACAGAAGUGCGGUUCUUGCGGCGAGCAGCUGUCGGAGGGUGCAAAAUGUACAGCUUGUAACCAGUCACUGCACUAUCAUUGUGCUGGUAUUACCGAGGGUGGCUAUCGUAAGCUGGGUGACAGGAAGCUCUCUUGGCGUUGCCAUAAGUGCAGGCAGUUAAAUGUUGGUGCUACGCAACUACCUAGUUCACCAAGGUCACCGAUAUCGGAAUCUGACUCUGCUGUCCUGAUGGAAAUCCGAGCCUUGGCGGCAAAAUUGGCUCCUCUUGAGGGAUUGAAGAAUGAAAUGUCAGCGCUAAGAAAUGAAUUUGUUGACCUGAGGGGCUCGUUUCAGACACAAUUCGAUGAUAUAAUAAAAACAUUCGGCGCUAAAAUGGAAAAUAUGGAACAACGGAUUGUGCAGCUGCAGGGGGUGAAGGUUCAGGUUGAUGGUCUCCAAGCUAGAUUGGAUAAAUUGGAUGAUGAAGCGGAGAGUAAAGAUCAGUGGUUGCGCUUAAAUAAUAUAGAAGUCAAAGGGAUACCGCAGUCUAAAAAUGAAAAUUUAUUUGAAGUUAUAACCAAGAUUGGUCAGAAAAUUAACUACCCCAUUUGUAAAACCCAGAUAAACUUUCUUGCACGAGUGCCUACGCGUGAUAAAGAACAUACGAAACCCAUCAUCGUUGGAUUCUGCAAUAGAUAUGUAAAAGAGGAUUUCAUAGCUGCAGCUAGAUAUGAAUCAAAAACUACUAGUAUGAUAGCUAGUCAUAUUGGUUUGCCUGGUAAUGGUAAAAUAUUUAUCAAUGACCAUUUAACGAUGAACAAUAAAUUAUUGCUAUCGAAAACUAAGAAAGCGGCCAGUGAAAUGGAUUUUCGAUAUGUGUGGGUCAAACAUGCGAAAAUACACGCAAGAAAAACGGAUACAUCACCGGUGCUCGUAAUCAAAACGGAAAAAGAUCUAGGGAAACUAGUAUAA